AUGCGGUUUUGCGGUCCCCUCCCCCGUCAGCGGCUGCGGGGCUCCGACCGAGCGCCGUUGCUGCCUAACGGCCGCUCACGCGCCAUCCCCGUAACGGCCGAGCGCGAGAAGCGACGCGCGCGCUGCGCUCCCUCAGAGCAGCCCCUACCGGGCGCCGCUACGCUUCUCGGCGCCGGGGCGGGUUCAGCUCGGCAGUUCCGGCACGGUACGAAGGCGUCACUUCCCCGUGGUGGGACGGCCGCCGGGUUUCUGCAAACAGAAGUGCAGUGGUAUACCUCUGGUACUCCAAACAAAAUGAAGAUCCCUUCUGUACUGCUGAGAUUCCCUCAUCAUUAUUUCUCUAAAAGAACUUACUUCAAGAACUUAACUUGCAUUUCCAGAUCAGAUUUCCUGUGCAUUGAGUCUCUUACACCAGUGCACCUACAUUGUUCAAAACAGAUGUGUUUGUCGAAGUUUUCGAGCAGAGAGCUGUGUCACCAAAGUCCCCCUGAGCAGGAAGCAGAAGGGCUUUCUAACAGAGAAAAAGGACUUAUAGACAGACUUUACAAUGGCCUUGUCCAGGGUCACAGAGCCUGUUUAGCUGAAGCCAUUACACUUAUAGAAUCAUCUCAGACUAGGAAAAAGAAAGUAGCCCAGGUGCUCCUUCAGAAGGUAUUAUCCUACCACAGGGAGCAAGAAAAGUUAAAUCAAGGAAGGCCGCUUGCCUUUAGAGUGGGGUUAUCUGGUCCUCCUGGUGCUGGGAAAUCAACUUUCAUUGAAUGCUUUGGGAAAAUGCUUACAGAAAGAGGACACAAAGUAUCAGUGCUGGCUGUAGACCCCUCUUCUAGUACAAGCGGUGGUUCUUUACUGGGUGAUAAAACACGGAUGACUGAGUUGUCAAGAGACAUGAAUGCGUACAUCAGACCGUCUCCAACCAGAGGAACAUUAGGAGGUGUAACAAGGACUACAAAUGAAGCCAUUCUGCUGUGCGAAGGAGGAGGCUACGAUGUUGUUCUUGUGGAAACUGUAGGUGUGGGACAGUCAGAAUUUGCUGUGGCUGACAUGGUUGAUAUGUUUAUAUUAUUGCUGCCACCCGCGGGCGGUGAUGAAUUACAGGGUAUCAAACGGGGUAUAAUUGAGAUGGCAGAUCUAGUUGCUGUAAAUAAAGCUGAUGGUGAUUUAAUUGUGCCCGCACGGAGAAUACAAGCUGAAUAUGUUAGUGCUAUGAAGCUGCUUCGCAAGCGUUCAAAGGUUUGGAGACCAAAGGUAAUGCGUAUCUCUGCCAAGACUGGAGAAGGGAUCUCAGAUAUGUGGGAUAAAAUGACAGAAUUUCGUGACCUCAUGCUCACAAGCGGUGAGCUGAUUGCCAAGCGACGGAAACAGCAGAAAGUGUGGAUGUGGAAUCUCAUCCAAGAAAAUAUGUUGGAACAUUUCCGGAGUCACUUGGCAGUCAAAGAUAAGAUUCCACUUCUAGAAGAAAAAGUUCUUAGUGGUGUCUUGUCUCCUGGGCUGGCAGCCGACCUGCUGCUGAAAGCAUUCAAGGAUGGUCUCUAAUCAUUAUAUUCUGCUGUGUUCUUGCUGCUGAAGGCAUUCAAGGAUGGUCUCUAAUCAUUAUAUUCUACUGUGUUCUUGCUGAUUUCUUCAUGUAAACGUGAAUAUUAAAUACAGUUUUUGUCUGUGUGAAUUCAGAUGUCUCACUACAGCAGACACUAAUGGAAUACAUAUUUAUUGGUAUUAGUAUGUAUUAUUACUCUGCCAAAAAAAUACUGAGCAAAAAAUAGUGUAGGAUUCUGUAUAUGCAAAGUUUAGUGCAAACACACUCAGAUUACUACACAUGGUGUUUGGUCAACAGUAGUUAGUUUGAGUCUGUCAUUAUCAUGGAUUUGUUGGUCAAAAAUGUGAGCCUGUGUCAAAAUGUGAUGUGGCUUUGAAAGGGUGAGUGAGAUGUUUGGUGCAGCAGUUUCAUUGUGAGACUGUCUUAGAGGUGAUAAACACUUCUACUUUCCAUUCUGAUUUACUUUUUUCUUCCUCUCAAGCCUCUGCAAGAACACUGGACCUCCUGGUAGCACCUGACUGGAGUCUUAGUUUUAAAUAUGUUGUAUGCAUAUAAAAAGGGUUGUUCUAUCACCGUUGGGAAGUUUAUUGUAUGCUGGGAGAGGAGAAUUGUACCUAUCAUAGAUUCUAACUAGAUGUUUUAAUAUGAAAGCACAGUUUAAAUAGAUGUUUUAAAAUACAGGCACAUGGAACCAGUGUCAUCCAGCAGGUUUUUAAUCGCAGCUCUUUUUAUACUAGAAUAAUUGAUCUGUGGUCUUAUUUGACUGAAGUAAGCUUUCCGUAUUCAAACAAAAUGCCUACUUUUCUCCUCUCUUGUGGAUGACGUGACUAUUUAGGACUAAAGUACUUAAGAGCUGCGGUCUCUUUUUAAUUUAUUUUUUAUUUUUUUAGAUUUCUCUUGGGAAUGCAUCUGGAGGUAUUCAUGAACUGGAAAGCAGGGUUUUAUCUCCUCGAUAUGAAGAGUAAAAUAGGAAAAAUAAGUAAAAUAGUUGAUUUCUUGAGGGCUGGAAAAAAAAUUAAGUUAAUGUAAAUUAAUGAGUCUACUAUUGCUUAUAUGAAGGAAUGUAAAAGGUGUUAAGUGCUGUACUAUAGUAUGUGAGAUAGUGUUGUGGGUUUGUUUGUUUGUUUUUUAAAUUUCAGUUCAGUAUUACCUGUCCGGAUUCCUAACAAGUGUGCAUUUUGCGGAGCAUCUGUGUUCUGGCAACCUGAGUCUAGAUUUCUCUAACAAUUCCAGGGUAGCAAUGACUUGGUUUCCUUUGAUUCUAUUUCUUUUUUCCUUCCUGUGUUGCUGUUUUUUGUUUUCUUUUGGAGACUUUUUUUCUCUUCCCCUGUUCCAAUUGUUAUACUGUGUUCUCAGUUAAGUCUGCUUUAUCUUGCUAGACCUCUGUACUUCCUAGUUUUCACUCCUUCAUAGGUGUAGUGCAACUAUCAGAAAAGAUUAAUGAAUGAAAAUGCUGAGGAUUUUUUCCCUUUGGUUUGUCUUAGUAAGUAUGUAAGUGCUUCUUUAAGCAGCAUAACUUAAACAAUACAGAAAUAUCUAUCAGGCUGCUAACAUUUCAGUUACUUCUUCCAUUGUAUGAGGGUUUAUGUUUUGUUGACCAUAUAUCUUACUCUGAGAAUAUGAAGCAUGAACAGAAAGUGAAAUGAAACUGCAAUGUAAAGUAAAAAUACUCUGUAAUUUUUAGCAAGAAUCCCAUUGAAUAUUUGUAGUGAAAUACUAACAGAGCUGUGGGCUUUUUUAGGACAUGAAGCCUAAGCAUUUCUUUAUCAAGACAUUUGGCACCAGUGUAGCUGAUAUUAGUGAUUUCCACCGCAUGGAUUAUCAGCAUCUCAAUGUUCUAACACCACUUAUUUCUUAAACUUUGCAUCCCCAAUGAGCAAUUUGGGAUUACUGCAUCCAUUUACGUAGAGGUACCUGGAGAGGAGUGUUUAAGGGGUGGCAGAAGAACGUGGCCUUGAUUGUUGCCUUUCUGCGUUAGAAACUGUAAAAGUGCGACUUUUUUUUCACUUUAAAAAAAAAAAUUAAUUAA